UUAUUUUAAACCUUAAUACCCUUGUUGGACCAGAGAAGGUUAAGGAUGCCUAAGUCCAGGCUGGAAAGAGGAUCCCAAUUUAGGCUGGUCUCAUAUUCGAGGGGAUGGUUCAAAGUGUGCAUCCCUCCCUCUCUCUCUCUGUUUGCGCUCUGUCCGCAGUCAGAGGCAUCUGGAAUCAGUGCGGACCAGAAUACCUCUCCCUUUUCAUUAUUAAUACGAUACAAACAGAGCAGUCAGUGAUACAGCUGCUCACUGCUGAAACAUCCACGGAGAGGUUCAACUUUUUUUUUCCCAGCACCAAGUGGAAGAAAACUCUGCACUGGAACUGGGAUCCCUGGUAGUAUUGGCUCUCAAAGGGAACAAACUACUUUGAUUUUAUAAUGAAAUUUCAGCAGCUAUAGUCAAGAUUAAAUAACCGGAUACCUCAGGAGAUCCAGAAAAACAGGUUAUCCUCGCAGUCCGUGCAGGAACAUUAUGGAAAUAUUGGAGUGAUUUCUGUUCCUCGGGGCGGAGGGGGGUUUGCUGCUGCUGCUGCGGGGCAGUGUUAUUUUCCCACACGGACCGGGGCUGAUCCGAGGGCAGAGGGGAGCUAAAUGCGGCUGACUGGCGACCCUGCAGCGGGAACCAUGAACAGCAGCGGGUCUGGCAACUUUCUGCUGGUCCCCAUACCGGAGUAUCCCCUGCUGGACUGUGUGCCCAACAAGACGGUGAAGAUCGUGGUGCUGGGGGCGAGCAACGUCGGGAAAACCGCUCUGAUUGUCAGGUUUCUGACCAAGAGGUUCAUCGGGGAUUAUGAAGCAAACACCGGAGCGCUCUACUCCCGAAAGGUCACGCUGGAUGGGGAGGAAGUGUCACUUCAGAUCCAGGAUACUCCCUGCGUCGCUCUCCAGGAUGAUGCUGAGGGCCUGUACUGCCAGGAGCAGAUCAACAGGUCGAUCUACUGGGCGGACGGUUACGUGCUGGUUUUCUCCAUCACUGACCACAACAGCUACCGAACCAUCCAGCCGCUCUACCAACACGUCAGACGCAUACACCCCUCUGGAAACAUUCCUGUUAUACUGGUUGGCAACAAGAGCGACCUGCUCCGCGCCCGACAAGUGCCUGCAGACGAAGGCGAGACGUUAGCGGCUUCGUUAGGGGGAGUUUACUUUGAGGCCUCGGCCAGAGAGAACCACGAAGGAGUCCACGCCGCCUUCCUACAUCUCUGUCAGGAGGUGAUCCGAGCACUGGGAGGAGGUAACGGGGAGAAGAGGAGAGGAGGCCUCCACCUGGCCAGACCCAAAUCUCCCAACAUGCAGGAGCUGAAGAGGAGGUUCAGGCAGGUCCUGUCCUCCAAGGUCAAGUCAUCCACGACUCUCUGAUCACAGGGCGGAUCAGGCAGGCGCAGGGCAAGGAUAAAGAGCUUCCUUGGAAAAAUAAAAGUUGUGGAUUUUUCUAUCAUGGAAGGAAGUAGUCAUCCUCGGAUGAAUGGAUGAAGACAAAGACCAAAUGGAGCUUUCUGGCAGCUGAGCUCUUCUCUGUGUUUUGGACGAGAGUCAACGCGAUCAACGCGAGGAUGCUGCUCAAAGCCGACACGGUCAAAGACUGCUAAACAAACAGCAUGUGUUGUGUCAGGAACUUGGCAUGUUUACCAUGAUGGAUAUUGAAUUUGUCCGCAAACAUCAUUGUGAACCUCUCGACGUAUUAGGAGCCCAAUCCUUGAAACACUGACACCAUUCAUGUCUCAGUUUUCUUGAGGCUGGAAAAUCACUCUCAGUGAAUUUAAUGCAUUAAAAUCAAUAAAGAAUUAUUGAUUUCACCCUGUCAGUCAAAGAAAAAGCAGAUGUCACUUGUCAUGUAAUGUCUCUUAUUUCAGGCUCAACAUUUUUACUUUUUCAUUUAUGUUGGUUUUAAUUUAGCUUUAGUCUUUUUAACUAGAUGAUGAGUUAAAAGAUUUACAAUUCAGGCUCAUUCAUUCAUUCAUUCAUUCAUGUGAGACCGAUGCCAGAUCUGAACUUCGCUGAUACGAAAGAAAUGAAAGGCGAGUCUCUGGCCUCUCUGUUGCAGAGUUCUAAUGAAGAAAGUAGUCUGAACCAAAACAGGAAAUGACCCAAAGACGUAAGGGUUCAAGGCUAUACACCGAGACAAAUGCUGACAUUUGACAGCCGGAAAUGAAGCCUGGUUUAACAGAAAAACAGAGCAGAGGGGUGGGAAGCCGAUGGCUGCCGAUAAUAAAAAUGCAAUCAGACUGACAUUUUAUUUUCUGUUGAUUUGGCAUCAGACUUGGAUUUAUUGCAUGAUUUAUACUGCCAAAAUAAACACUAAAGUUAAACUUAAUUGACAAAUAGUUUUCAGUGUUAUCCAGAGACUGAAUCUGAAUUAUAAUGUUUAAGCAAAUUUGUAAUGAAAAAUAAACAUAAUAGCAGUCUACUAAGCCUUUUUUUGUGAAAUCUGUUAAAGGCAACCAUUUUGAAAAUUACCAUAAAAAGGGUAAUUUCAAGUUUAUUGUCAUUAGAAUUGAGCUAAAAUAAUUCAUAUUCAAAUUACAGAGUACAGAGAUGUCAUACAUCUUGGGCACACAAAUGGAAAGUGACGUUCAAAUUUGAUUACAUCAUUUCAUUUUAAUAUUGGCAGCCACAGUCUUCCAUACGUUUCAGCUGUUUCAUGUGUUUCAGCUGAUACGAACAGCGGAGUUUGUUAAUUCUUUCCUAAAGUUACGGAAACGGUCAUCAGGUUUGUUUCAUCUUCCCAGCUUCAUCCCCGAAAAUCUUUAUAAUCUGGCAGGAUGAGAAGAUGCCAAAACUCUAUCCAAUAAACAACAUACCCGAGAAUCCAUGUGACUCUCAUUCACGAGCCCCGGUUUGCUUGUGACCGUGACAAAGUAAGCUUUUCCACCAUAACUCAGCCCCUCCAAAC